CGACAGUUUAAAUUUGAUUAAAACAAAGUCCAUCUUAUCAGCGUUUCUUGCCAGAGUUAAACGAAUGAAGCAAAAUAUUGGACGGGGCGAAUUUUCUCAGUUCCCCAAUUUGUCAGAGACAAGCUGCCAGGAAGACGACGUUUCAACUUACGUUCAACAUUUAAAUGCCCUCUAUUCAGAUUUUAAAUCUAGGUUUGAGGAUAUUUUGACUAUGGUAAUACUACCGUGGAUAAUGAAUCCAUAUGGUGACAUAGAAGAAACGAAUGUCAUAAUACAAGAGGAACUGACUGAACUAAGUACAAACGAAGAACUUAAGGUUCAGUUUAAAAACGGAUAUCAGCAAUUCUGGCUGCAAAACAACAUACCCGUUACUUAUCCCGUAUUAUGGAAUAUAGCGAGGAAAUUUUUAAUUUCCUUUCCAUCGUCAUGCCUAGUGGAAAGGGGGUUCAGCGCUGUUACCAAUCUCCUAACGAAAAAAAGAAACAGACUGGACAUCAUUAGCCGAGGAGAUUUAAGUAUAACCCUUACAAAAUUGACGCCAAAUGUUGAUAAUUUAUUAUUAAAGCAUCAGGUUCAUCCUUCUCACUAAAAAUAUUGACUUAUUGCUUAUGUAAUAAUAAUAAUAAUAUUUAUUCACCAAAAGACAAUUUGUUAGAGAUCGUAUCGGGAUGAUCAAUGGAAAAACUAAUUCAUAACACUUAUAGGAAUGUAAGAAUGAAAUACGUACAUUAACAUACACAAAUUCAUGAUACUUCAUUACAUUUGAUACGAACAGAAAUGAUCUAUCAACGCUAUAAAAAAAGGUAACAUUUUUUUUUAUUUUUACACACAUAUUUUGGUUUAUCUUCCUUCUACAAUCAUUAUCUGAAAAUUAAUGACUCAACUUCAAAGUCACCUCGUAUAUAUAUAUAUAUAUAUAUAUAUAUAUAUAUAUAUAUAUAUCUUUUUAUUUCUCAAUAAGCCACACAAAUGAUGAAAUACGCGCAAUUUAUGUCGAUGAUUUCUGUCAAUGUUUUUUUCAAUUAAUGCUUUCAAUUUUUUUUUUUGAGAAUGAAGUAUUGAACAAUGAACAUCUUAUACUGCGUUUUUGAAGACAGUCAUUUGAAAGAUCCAAUCAUCAGCGAAUUUGAUGAAAUUUCAAUUUAU